UGCAAGGGGAGGUGGGGGGGUGGGUGGGUGGGAGGGGGAGGGGGCUUGCCGCACAGGAGAAAGUUGCUUUGGGUUUUAACGCAACGCACAACGCCCGAACAUGGUGCAGCAGGCAGAUAGCCUGGAAAGUGAGGUCAACCUGCCCCGGGAGGCGAUGGACACGGAGGAGGGUGAAUUCAUGGCCUGUAGCCCGGUGGCCCUGGAUGAAAGCGACCCAGACUGGUGCAAAACGGCAUCAGGCCACAUUAAGAGGCCGAUGAACGCUUUCAUGGUGUGGUCUAAAAUCGAGAGGAGAAAAAUCAUGGAGCAGUCCCCAGACAUGCACAACGCGGAGAUAUCCAAGAGGCUGGGGAAGAGGUGGAAAAUGCUUAAAGACAGUGAGAAGAUCCCCUUUAUCCGGGAAGCGGAGAGGCUGCGGCUCAAGCACAUGGCCGAUUAUCCCGACUACAAGUACAGGCCCAGGAAAAAGCCCAAAAUGGACCCUUCGUCCAAACCUAACGCUAGCCAAAGCCCUGAGAAAAGUGCCGGCGGGGGCAGCAGUGGCGGGGGAAGCGGCAGCGGGGGCGGUGGCGGCGGCAGCAGCAAGAACUCAAAGAGCUCCAGCAAGAAAUGUAGCAAACUGAAGACCUCUUCAUCCUCCUCUUCGACCUCCUCCUCGUCCACAUCCUGCCCCAAGCCAGGAGCCGGUAAAACAGCUCACCACGGUGACUACGCAGGCGAGGAUUUGGUGUUUGGCACCCUCAAAGUGAACGGCGCGGGCGGUGGUGGCGGCUGCAGCAAAACCGUCAAAUGCGUCUUCAUGGAUGAUGAGGAUGAGGACGAGGAGGAUGAGGACGACCUUCAACUGCGGAUCAAGCAGGAGCCGGAGGAAGAAGACGAGGAGCAUCCAGGGCGGCAGCAGCAACAGCAGCAGCAAACCCAGCAGCUGCUCCGGCGCUACAGCGUCGCCAAAGUGCCCGCCAGCCCCACGCUGAGCAGCUCCGCGGAAUCCACCGAGGGGGCCAGUUUGUACGAGGAGGUCCGAGCCGGCGCGACCUCCGCCGGGGGCCACGGCGGGGGCGGCAGCGCCAGUCGCCUUUACUACAGCUUCAAAAACAUCACCAAGCAAAGCGCCCAGCAGCUGCAGCAGCCCAGUCUGUCCCCAGCUUCCUCGCGCUCUGUCUCCACCUCCUCCUCCUCCAGUUCCAGUUCUAGCAGCAGUGAGGAGGCUGAUGACCUGAUGUUCGAUCUGAGCUUGAAUUUCUCCCAAAAUCCCCACUCGACGACCGAGCAGCAGCUGGGGGGCGGCUCAGCGGCGGGGAAUCUAUCCCUGUCCCUGGUGGAUAAAGAUUUGGAUUCGUUCAGCGAGGGCAGCCUGGGCUCCCACUUUGAGUUCCCCGACUACUGUACCCCGGAGCUGAGCGAGAUGAUCGCGGGGGACUGGUUGGAGGCGAACUUUUCCGACUUGGUGUUCACAUAUUGAAAAGGGGGGAGGGGGCACCUCUGUCUCUCCCUCGGCCAGUAGUGCGGAGCAGGGUUCGAGAGGAAAUCGUGAUGAUGAUGAUGAGAAUAAUGAUGAUGAUGGGGAAAGAGAAGAUGCUCAUGAUGUUGUGAUGAUGACGCAAAGAAAUUGGAAAAGAUGAUAAAAAAAAAUGGUGGAGUUUAAGAGAAAUGAGUAGUUUUUUGGUUAUUUUUCCUGUCUUUUAUUUUAAUUUUUAAAUUCUUUCCCCCUCCCCCUCUCCCUUAUCAUGUCUCAAGGUAGUUCCAAACCCAGCCUGGAGUUGUGAUUCCCCACCCCCAUCCCAAAAUGUGUAAUUUUUUUUUUUGUAUUUUUAUUUUUUCCCUGAAUUUGGUGAUCGCAACAAAGGCGUAAGGGACUGGGGGCGGGAGUAGGGGGAGGGGGAAACGCUCCGGAAGGCGCUGUUUGAAGCUUGUCGGUCUUUGAUUGAAGUCUGGAAGACGGUCUGCAAAGAAGCCUUUUGGCCGCGCAACUGUUACUCAAGGGGGUUUGUGGAUUUUUUUCUUUUUCUUUCCUGAGAGAUCUUACAGAACUGUUGAUUUAAAAAAAAAAAAACAAAAACAAAAGGGACCAUUGCAACUUUUUAUUAUUAUUAUUAUUAUUUUGGAGGGAGAAAACUGAUGUCUUCUAUGCAUCCGAUUCUUAACAAAACUGCAGGGAGCUUGAAAAAAUACAGACUGUACAAACGCUUACAAAAAACAAAAAAAACAAAAAAACAAAAAAAAAAACUGUGAACUGACUUAAGAUCAGAGUUUACUUUUCAGAUCAAAUUGUUUAUGGUUUUACAAAUGUGAUUUCUACUUGCCAACCUUUUUUUUGUAACUUGUUCCCUUAUACCUCCUUGAUUGAAUACCAGACAGCCUAGACCUCAGUACAAAAGGUAUUGAAACAUUUUUGAUACAUAACAGACCUCAGUCUUUUUUAAAAAUUAAUAUAUUUUCAGGCGUAUUUUUGUACAGUGAAAAGGGAACAUUCUUGCUGUGUUUUUUCAGUAAGACUUUCAGGCACUUCUUCCCUUUUGAUUUCUUUUUUUCCUCUGUUUUUAGCAUGCAAGUAUGUUGGUACGUUAUGUCCUGGUUUUAAAAGGAUUAAAAUUUUUAAAUAAUCCUUGCAUCUAAAGGCCUUGUGGUUUUAAAAAAAAAAAACUUUUUUGUACAGCUAUAGUUCAGAUUUGUUCAAUAUUUGUAGGUAAAGAUUUAUUGAAAAUGGUGAUAUAGACCUCAGAGCUGUUACCUUAGUUUAAAGAUUGUAUAUGUACUGUAUUAUAGUAGGUCUUUAUGUAUCUCAUACGCUGUGAUAUGUGGAUGGGGCCCCAGAUGGAAGGUAUGAAACUGGAUUCUCGAUUUUUAGCAAAAAAAAAAGGCACAUAGUAAAAGAAAGUUUCUCAUUUUGUGCAAUAUAAUCUAAAUAAAGUACAGACCAUCUGCACAUUUUGUAGCAAAAGAUGGCAAAGCAGACUCAUGCACUGUCAACAUCCUUGCCUGUUUUUUUUAUGCUGAAAGUCUGUAUCUUGACAAUUUUAAUAAAUCAGCUGGAACUGAUAGAAA